AUGACAAGAACACAGCCAGUAGAGCCUUUCGGCACCAAGCUCACCACUAAAUCCGGCAACGCCGUUCGUUUGGGAACCGGUUCCGGGACCAAGUGGCAAAUCAUCAAAAAGGCCCGGGACGCGUCGUUGCAAAACACGUUGGUGGACGAGUUGGUGGAUAAUUUGGUCACCAGCGUGCAAAACGGUUUCAGGCACUUGGACACCGCGGAAAUCUACACCAUUCACCCGGAAAUCGCCGAGGCCAUCAAGAAGUCGGGGGUGGCGAGAGAGGAUCUUUUUGUCACUACCAAAUAUAACCCUGGGAUUGAGCAGAGACAUGCCUUCUACAAGUCGGGUGCCGAGUCUGUGGACGCUGCUUUGAAAGAGCCCGAUGUGGAAUACAUAGACUUGUUUUUGAUCCAUUACCCGUUUUUCCAGAAGGAGUACUCGCACGGGCAGUCGCUAGAGGACGUGUGGGCGGAUUUGAUCCAGGCCAAGAAAGACGGCAAGGUGCGGUUUAUUGGGGGCUCCAAUUUCACCGUGGACCAUUUGAAACUGUUGAGCCUCGUGGCGGGCGGCGACCCUGAGUACUCUCCUCAGGUGAACCAGAUCGAAUUCCACCCGUACUUGCAGAACCAGAGCGAGGGCAUCCGGGAAUUCGCCAAGGAAAACGAGAUUUUGCUUGAGGCAUACGGGCCCUUGUCGCCGCUUUUCCGGAUCGUGGACAGCGACGGCAAAGAGGUCGUGGACCACCCGUUGAAGCCCGUGAUGCCGAGAUUGGCGGAGAAAUACGGCAAGACCGACGCGCAGAUUUUGUUGCGCUACACGUUGCAAAAGGGGCUCUUGCCGAUCACCACGUCGCUGCAGUCCGACAGACAAAAGGAGGCAUUGGCCGUGUACGACUUUGCCUUGGACGACGAGGACGUGCAGUUGAUUGACGACACGGGCUCGCAGUUCCAUUUCCGUGGCUUCUUCAAAAACUUGUAUCAUACGAAGGAUUGA